AUGCUGCCCCUCAUUGAGGCGGCGCUGGGCCGCAGCUGGGGCCCCCGGGGGCCCCCCUUGCUGCAGCUGCGUCCCCGGGGGCCCCUGGAAGCAGCAGCAGCAGCGGCAGCAGCAACAGCAGCAGCAACGACAGCAGCAGCAGCAGCAGCAGCAACGGCGAAGACACGGCCCACGCUCCCUUCGGGCGACGGCAGCCUGGCCGCAGUGGGAGCGUGCCUGGCCUUCAGCAGCAGCAGCAGCAGCAGCAGCAGGAGGGCAGUGCGUUUGCUGCACAAUGUUCCUGCUGCUCCUGGGGACCACGCUGUUGCUGCUGCGCUGCUGCAGCAGCCCGCAGAGCUGCUGCAGUUCGCCUGCAGCAGCGCAGCACACGACCUGCCCACGCUGCAGCAGGUGCUGCAGCAGCUGGCGCGGGCGAGCCGCGACGCUGCUGCUGCUGCUGCGCUGCAGCAAGACCCGCAGCAGCAGCAGCUGCUGCAGCAGCUGCUGCAGCAAAUCGGACUUUUGCUGCCAGAAGCAGAUGGCCGGCUGCUGUCGAAGAUCGCCAGCUCUUUGGCACUUCUCCGAAUUUCCAAUUUGGCCACGCAGCAGCUGGCGUCGCAGCUGGGCCGGGAGGUUGUGGGCCGCGGGGACAGUUUGUCUCCGCGGGCCUUAUGUGCUGCUGCUGCUGCUCUCGCGCUGCUGCAAGUGCGGGACUCCGUGCUGCAGCAGUUUGUGUGGGGCGAGGUGCAGCAGCAGCUGCAGCAGCUGCUGCCGCAGGACUUGUGUCUGCUGCUGCAUGCAAUGCGCCGCUGGGGGGCCUACAGCCGCAGCACUUGCGAUUUGCUGCUGCAGCGGAUGAGCGAAGAAAUCAACUCCUUCACUGCAGCAGACGUCACUGCUGCUGUCGACGCCCUUGCCUCCAUGGGUCUGGCUCGGGGCUUUUUGCUGCGGCAGUUGAGUUCUUUGGCCUUCGAAAAUCUGCACAAGUUCAACCAGCAGCAGCUGCUGCUGCUGCUGCGGGGUUUGGCGCGGCUGCGCUUCCUCACCCCCGCGAACUGCGACACUUUGCUGCAGCACUUCCGCAUCGACUGCAGCACGCAGCAGCAGCAGCAGCAGCAGCAGCAGCAAGGGUGGAAUCCCCAUAGAAGUGCCAUGCUGCUGGGGGGCCUCGCGCUCUGCGACUUGGGGCCCCCCCACAGCGGCAUUUUAGAUUUGCUGCUGGAGCUGCUGCAGCACGUGGAGCAGGCGCUCCCAGGAGCAGCGGCUGCUGCUGCUGCUCCUGCUGCUGCUGCUGCUGCAGCUCCUGCUGCUGCAGCACGUCACCCCACGCUGGGCAUCGCCGCCUUGGUGGAGGCCGCCUACGCAAUUUGCUACUUCCAGCUUCAAGAUAAGGCGAGUUUGCUGCAGCGGCUGCUGAAUGAAAUAUACUCGAAGCCGGUCACCAGAGACAGAAAUUUGCUGAUGAAAAUUCAAGAAGUUCAAAAGACAGCAGAACUCGAAAUGCGCAGCUGCAGCAGCCAAAUGCCUUUGGCGUGGCGGACGGCCAGCGAAGAAGCAGCGCGGCAGCUGCAGGACCGGCAGGAGACCAGUGGUCUGCAUGCAGAAGUGGCCUUAUGCCUGGAGCUGCUGCGGGGCCCCUACCGCCUGCAGCUGCAGCGCAGCAGCAGCUGCGGCGGCUACCGAGUGGACUUUUAUGAUGAAGAAACAAAAAUAAUUGUCGAAGUCGACAUGAUCUACAGACACGCGCCUUGCACGCUCAAACACAGACACCUCAACUUGCAAGGGUUUCUGCCCGUCAGCGUCGAGUACUGGCAGUGGCGGCGCUGCCGCUCUGAGGAGGAGCAGCUGCUGUACCUGCAGCAGCGGCUGACGCCCGCGCUGCAGCAGCUGGGCCGUCUGCAGCUGACGCAGCUUGUCUAG